UACUUUAUCUGCUCGCUCGUCACAAAACUUCGUUCCUACUAGAAGGAGCAUUUUUCACGCGCUUCUCUUGUUCGUGUUUUCCACGCUCGGUCUCCAGGUUCCAUAACGUGAACAUCUCGUACAAGCCUUUUCUCCCCUCUCCCUUUCGAAGCCAACUAACACCUUCGAAGACUCUUUCUCUCUCUCUCUCUCUCUCUCUUCUUCUUCUUCUUUCUCUCUCUAGCUUCAUGCUUGCGCAGAACAAAUUAUUCGGUUUCGGCGCAUCGAAGCCCUAGAUUCGUCCCCAUUCUUCGCCGUUCUGGCGUUCAAAGCCCUGGUGCGUAGAGAUGCAGAGAAAAUGAGCUGUUAGGUGAUGGUUGAACAGGUCUAGAACUGUUCUGUAGGUUUCCAAAAUGAUGACGAAUGAUAAAUUUGUUCAACAUUCUGAUCAUGUCUUAACGAGGAGAAGCUGAACUUAAUCAUUCUAGUAGUUAAAUUUCAGAACUUUCAAAGGUUAGAAUGGUUAAGAAAUUGGGGAUGAAGAAAGCUUCAUCCAGUUUAAAUAAUCGGUCUGCUAGUAGGAAGCAGUACAGGAAGAUAGAUAAACCGGCUCGAGUUUCAACAGCUCCUGAGAAAUCUCUACAGUCUGGAAUCUCAAGUACAUGGGUAUGCAAAAAUUCUGCUUGUAGGGCUGUUUUGUCAGUAGAUGAUACAUUUUGCAAGAGAUGCUCUUGCUGUAUCUGUCACUUAUUUGAUGACAACAAGGACCCUAGUCUCUGGCUGGUGUGCUCUGCUGAAUCUGGACAGAGAGAUUCCUGUGGAUUAUCUUGCCAUAUUGAGUGUGCCUUGCAGCGUGAGAAGGUGGGGGUUGUUGAUCUUGGUCAAUUAAUGCAGCUAGAUGGUAGUUAUUGCUGUGCUUCUUGUGGCAAAGUUUCUGGGAUACUAGAAUGUUGGAAGAAGCAACUAGCCAUAGCAAGAGAUGCACGCCGUGUCGAUGUUCUCUGUUACAGGAUUUAUUUAGGUUAUAGGCUCCUUGAAAGGACUUCAAGGUUUAAGGAACUGCACGAAAUUAUUCAAGAUGCAAAGGCCAAGCUAGAAACAGAAGUGGGUCCAGUAAAUGGGAUUUCCGCCAAGAUGGCUCGAGGCAUUGUCUGCAGGCUAUCUGUUGGCGGUGAUGUGCAGAAGCUUUGCUCAUUUGCAAUUGAAAAAGCAGAUCAAUGGCUCGCUGGAGUGUCUAAUACAAAUCUGAACUGCAGAGAUGAUUCAUUUCCGGCUGCUUGCAAGCUUCUAUUUGAGGAGAUAAAAUCUUCUUCCAUUGUGAUAACUUUAGUUGAAAUCUCGAAUACAUCGUCUAAUGAGACUAAGGGCUACAAGCUUUGGUAUAGUAAAAGUAGAGAAGAACCAUACACAGAAGAACCUAUUUGUGUAUUUCCUAGAGCUCAGAGAAGGAUUUUGAUAUCCAAUCUACAACCUUGCACCGAAUACAUGUUCAGAAUUGUUUCAUAUUCAGAGAAUGGUGACAUUGGUCACUCUGAGGCCAAGUGUUUUACCAAGAGCGUGGAAAUAAUUCACAACUCUCAUUCUCCCGCCCCUUCAAAUCACAGGAAAGAAAGUCCUGUUGCUGAAGAAAGCUGUAUCCGCAAGAAGGGUCCAGAUGAUACAACCAUUAUCUGUUCGUCCUCAGGAUUUCAAGUACGAGAUCUUGGAAAGAUUCUGGAACUUGCUAGGGCUCAAGGAGAAGGUCGUCUUGAGAGCCUUUGCUGUGCUGAUGUAAAAAAUUGUUGUAGAGUGCAGAUCGGUGUCAAGCCAGAAACUCCGGAAGAAGAGCAGCUUCCUCCUGUUUCUCGUGGACUUGAUUUAAAUGUGGUUUCAGUACCUGAUCUGAAUGAAGAACUAACUCCUCCUUUUGAGUGUUUUAGGGAUGAAGGUAACGGCUGCACUCUGCAGCAGGCUGUUGAGGCAGAUGAAGAUGCUGCCUCCCAUGACAUAGAGAAAAAUGGCUUGGCAAGAUCACACGGUAGUGAUGAUUCUCAGAUCUGGACUUGUGGACCCAAUGGCGAGGUGCCGGCUGUUGAUUCCCUUACAGGGUUGUACAGGAAAAGGGCAGCUAGCACAAGCGAAGAUCCGAAUGACUGUGACAGCACUUUAAUAAAUGGAUCGCCGCUCCCAUUAUCAAAUGGUUCAUGUUUCUUGGACGAGAACUUCGAGUAUUGUGUGAAGAUAAUUCGAUGGCUAGAAUGUGAAGGUCACAUUAAACAGGAAUUUAGAUUGAAACUUCUAACAUGGUUUAGCUUGAGAUCAACAGAGCAAGAACGUAGGGUAGUCAGCACCUUUAUCCAAACACUCAUUGAUGAACCCAGUAGCUUGGCUGGACAGUUAGUUGACUCCUUUUCUGAUAUCAUAUCCAGCAAGAAGCCACGAAAUGGGUUCUGUAGUAAGCUUUGGCAUUAGAUUAGCAUACUCAUGAUGCAGAAAUCACCGUUAACUCGUACUUAUCUUACCUUACCAUUUCUCUGCUACUCUCUCCUCUAAUUAGUCUGCCGUUAUUUGUACAGGCAUUUUUUUCUUGAUCACUGUCAUCAAGUGAUUCAUUUAUAUCUCGGACAAUGUCAUCCGGGUUAUGUUAAAGGAAUUGGAUGCUGAUUGCAGAGACAGAUUACUCAAUUUUUCAUAGAAUGUAACAAUUGGUGGUGGCCGGUACCUGGUAGGGGGCAUCAACUAUUUCUCAAGUUGUACUUGGUAUCGGUGUGGAUAAUUUGUAUUAGCUAUCAUAUUGGCAUUGCCUUCUUCCAAUACAAAGAAGGUAACUGAAAUUAACCUUGAAUUUUCAUGAUUUAAUGUCAUCUUGUUUACUCGUUUCA